AGUCAGCUGUCAUGGCGGCGCCCGUAGUUGUUGUGCAAGGCGCGAGCCGAGGUCUCGGACUUGAAUUUUGCAAACAAUUACUGAAGUGGAAAACCCCCGCCGUGGUCAUAGCAACAUGUCGCCACCCGGACGCCUGCCAGGAACUCCAGGCCCUGGCGGCCCGGGGCCCCGGGACCGGGACCGGGACCCUGUCGCUCCUCCAGCUGGACGUGGACCGCGAGGAUGACGUGCGCGGCGCCGCGGAGCGCGUGGCCGCGCGGUUCGGCGGUGUGGACCUGAUGAUCAACUGCUCCGCGAUGCUGCAUCCUUCCGGUCGAGGGGAGACCAGCCUGCGGAACGUGUCCGCACAGGGCGUCAUGGCGACGGUCUCCACCAACACGGUGGGGCCCCUCCUCAUGGCCAAGUACUUCAGCCCCCUACUGAUGAAAGGGGGGGGGGCCUUCGGGGCCCAGCCCCCCGAGAGGAGCCGGCAGCACAGGGGGCUCCUGGUCAACAUGACGGCCCGGGUGGGCUCCAUCGGGGACAACGCUCUCGGGGGCUGGUACAGCUACAGACUCUCUAAAGCUGCUCUGAACAUGGUGACCAAAACACUGUCAGUUGAGCUGGGAAGGAGUUCACACAACAAGGUGGUGUGUGUGUCCCUCCACCCGGGCACCGUGGCCACCGACCUCUCCGCCCCGUACCACCGCGGGGUCCCGGCCGACCGGCUCUUCAGCCCGCAGCACUCGGUGGCUCUGCUGCUGGCCCUCAUCCAGACCCUCAGCAUGGAGCACACGGGGGGCGCCUACAGCUGGGACGGGGCCCCUAUCCCCUGGUAGAACCACCUUCAGCUGGGACGGGGCCCCUCUGCCCUGGUAGAACCACCUACAGCUGGGACAGGGCCCCUAUGCCCUGGUAGGAGCCCCUAUCCCCUGGAAGAACCGCCUACAGCCGGCUAGAACCGGAAACAAACAACACAGAACCUCUGCUCUAUUUAUAUGUAUAUGUGUGUAUAUAUAUAUCUAUGUAUAUAUGUGUGUAUAUAUAUAUACUUUUUGUUCCGUAAACUCUGUAAUGAGAUGCAUAUCUGUUAAUAAACUCCUAGCUGGAAGUCACUUCUUACUCACUAGUACUACUCUAGUAUC